AAAAUUUAAUAGUAUAUUUUGUAUUACUCCACUCUUAACAUAGAAAAUACUGUUAAAAAUAUGUUCUGCAUAUUUGAUACAUGAUAACAACAAUAAUAAUUUAACUUAUAGAAUUUCCAUCUAGAACAAGAAAAUUGGAUUUUCCGUGUUGAAUUCAGCCUUGUUGGAGUUGUUUAGAGCAUGCUACGUUUGUGUUAGAAGGCUGCUUUGGCUCCCCCAACCCACAAUGCCUUUGUUCGGCAACACCUUCAGCCCUAAGAAGACCCCUCCUCGGAAGUCCGCCUCUUUGUCCAAUCUGCACUCACUGGACCGGUCCACCAGAGAGAUAGAAUUAGGUCUGGAGUAUGGCACCCCUGUAAUGAACCUUGGUGACCAGAGUUUGAAGUUUGAGGAGGGACAAUGGAUCUCAGAGUCCGGAGGCAGUGUGUCAGGGAGGGAAAUGCAGAGGCUGAAGAAGCGCAACCUGCAACUGGAGGAGGAGAACAACCUGCUGAGGCUGAAGGUCGACAUCCUGCUGGACAUGCUGUCAGAAACCACAGCUGAGUCUCAUCUAAUGGAGAAGGAACUUGAAGAGGUGAAAACUCAAAAUCGGCGGAAGAAGUGAGGGGACCUGUGGUGGAUGACAUAAGUUCUAACAGAUCUGCCUAUUUAUGUAAGGAUGACAUGCAGUGAUUUAUCACGCUUUUAUAUGGGUGUAUAAUGUUUUAUAUAAAAGCCACAUGUGUCAUUUUUAUGUUGCCAGUUGCUGAUAUAAAGCGUUGAAUAGUCUGGGAAUGGAUUUAGAGAAUUAGGCCAGCAGGACUGACUUGGAAAGAAGGGUUACCUGUGCCUUUCUAAGCGGCAGAGUUGAUCGAGAUGUACCUAGUAUUUUUCCAAUUCCACAUUCCAUCACUAAUGCGUCACUUUUCAGUUUUGCCCUUUUCUACAAAAGUACAAUUUAUAAAAUGUGUUUUUUUUUUUUUUUUUUUUUUUUUUUUUUUUUUUAAUUU